CAACUUGAUUCUGCAACGCUCGUCAUCUGAACGCCGCUCGCAAACAGCAAGUCCAACCCUCUCCGUCUUGCGCUCGCGAGGAUGGGCAAGAAAGGCGGUGGUGGAGCGGCUCAGGCUGCUGAAAAGGCCGCUUCCAAAGCGGCCAAGCGGGCCAAGCAAGAGUCCAAAGCCGCACGAAGCGCCGCCAAGCAAUCUGUCAAGAAGGGUGGUGGCGCAGGCGUGGGCAGCGGUAGUGGUAACAAAUCAUCGAGCACCGGUACUGCUACAGGCAAAGCAGGAAAGAAGUCCAAAGGCGCAACAGCUGCGGCAGCUGCAGCGUCGAAAGCGGAGGAAGAGGAUUUGGAUGCUUUGUUGGCCAAUUUCAAAAAGGAGUGGGAAGAGGAACACAAGGUUUUGGAAGAGAGGGUGGGCAUGGCUCCUACCAGGAGAGCUAAUGCUACACUCACCGCUUGUCCUCUGGGUGACGAUCUUUGGUUCUUUGGUGGGGAAUACUUUGAUGGAGAUAGAGCGACAUUUUACGCCAAUCUGUUCCGCUACACACCCUCCAGCAAUCCUGCUGCUACUGCCAAUCAAGCCGACUCCACCACUUCCUCCUCGCAAGAUAGGGGUACAUGGAGGCAGUACAGCUCGGCCAACCAACCAGGUCCCAGAUCUGCUCAUGCUGUCGCUGCUAGUCCAGCCGCUGGAGGUAUGCUCUUCGUGUUCGGUGGAGAAUUUGCAGGGCCCAAGCUCAACAAGUUCUUUCAUUACCGAGAUCUUUGGAUCUUUAGCAUAGCCAACAAAUCGUGGGAUCGCAUCGACACAAAAGUCAGACCAUCAGCUCGAUCAGGUCAUCGAAUGGUGUGCUGGAAACAAUACAUUGUACUCUUUGGCGGAUUUCAGGAUACCGGGGUGAGGACCACAUACCUCGGCGACUUGUGGAUCUUUGAUACUGCGGAGUACAAAUGGCACGAGAUCAAACAGAAUGAGCUGAGAAAGCCACCUGCACGAUCUGGCUUUUCACUCUUGUCGACUCCUGAAGGUGUCGUGCUCUACGGAGGGUAUUGCAAGCGCUACAUCAAAGGAGAGAGGACUCAAGGAAUAGCACUAGAAGAUGCGUGGCUCUUGACCAUCGCGCCGGAUGCCGAGACUGGCGAUCUGUUCGCACGUGGAAAGAUCGAAUGGACGCGCAAACGCAAGAUAGGCUAUGCGCCAGGUCAACGCAGCGGCUGCACCAUGACAUUGUGGCCUCAGCGCAACACGGGCGUCCUCUUUGGCGGCGUGACGGAUAACGAAAAUGAUGAGGAAAGUUUGGAAAGUUUCUGUCACAACGAUCUGUUCGCGUAUGCUUUGAGCGGCAAUGGAAGAUGGACCAGUCUGAACUUGAGAAGGAAGAAAAUGCAGGGAGGCAAGAGGAGACGUAAAGCGGCGGUGCAGCCUGAACAGAGGAGGGCAGCUCAAAGUGAUGGAGAAGAGGACGAAGAUGAGGAGGGCGUCGAGACGAAAGACGGCCAAGAUAAGCAGGAGCAAGAGGCAUUCUCAAACGACGUCGUUCCCACAAAAGCAGCUCCAGAAGAAGACGACGAUCCAGACGAUCCGCAAAAGUCGGUGCCGAUCGGUCGAUAUAAUGCGAUGCUCGCCGUUCAGCGCAAUGUGCUGUACUGCUACGGCGGCAUCCAUGAAACUGCUGAUCGAGAAUACACCCUGGACGACUUUUACACUCUUGAUCUGGUCAAGAUGGAGCGCUUCAACUGUCUCAAAUCUUGUCCAAUCGACGCUUUGGAAUGGUAUGAAUCAUCCUCAUCCGCAUCUGGCUCUUCCGACUCUUCCUCCGACAGCAAUCCAGGAUCGGAGGAGGAGAGGGAGCAGCCGGAAGGAGAAGAGAUGGCAGAAAACGAAAUGGACGACGAUGAGCUGCUUUGGGAAGGUGAGGUGGAGAGGACGAGGGAAGAGAUUGAAAAGAUCAAAUUGGAACGAAAGAGGGAAAGGGAAGCGCUCAGGGAGAAAGCCAAUACAUUUUUGGGCGUGUCGAAAGAUGCCGCAAAUCGGGAUGAAAAGGAUGUCAUCUCUACGCCUCAGCCUGGCGAGAGCAUCAAGGCAUUCUAUGAAAGGUCGCGCGCUUAUUGGGCAGGUGUCGCGCACGAACAGAGUGAAGGAAGCGCCAGAGGCAAAGAGAUGCGCCGAGAUGGGUUUGCUCUCGCCGCGCAGAAAUACGAAGAGUACAGACCUAUCCUCGAAGAGAUCGUUCGGAUACAGGCGUCGGCAGGUCUGGAUGCCUCGGACAUCAAAAGCAUGGCAAAUGGGUCGAGUGCAGGUGGCAAGACGGGAGGUAUUGCAGGAGGUGGACCCGGUGCUGAGAGUAGGAAUAGGAGAUAAUAUUACGAG